AUGGUGCGAGGAUAUAAUAAACCAGCUGAACAAAUCUGUAAUCGAUUAGGUGAAUGUUUUUUAUUAGAUAAUUAUUUUGAAACUCCUCGACAAUCAUCAUUACCAAAAGUAUCACAUAUUCACUGUGAUGGUGCUCUUCUAUCAAAUUGUUGUGGUCCACAAUACAAGAUGCAUAUGUUUCAACACUUUCAAUUAGGAAUAAUAAAACCUGACAAUUGCUGUGGGUCACAGAAUGGUGAUAUUAUAAUGGUGCACAACUUUGCUUAUUCAGAGUCACUAAAAACUGAAGUUAUUAUUGGUAAAAAAAUUGUAUUACAAGAAUAUUACAAUUCAGUGCCGUGUAAUAGCUCAUCACUUGGAAUUUAUGUCUUUCAACAUUUAUCCACCUUUAAAAUGUGGCCAGUUACAUAA